UUUUGAUUAACCCCGGACCCUUUCAGCUUUGUUCUGAGACAUCCAUCCGUAUUAUUCAAUUAUGCUGACAUGGCGGAGUCAUCGAUUUCCCUCCAGUUACCUUAGAUCGACUGAGACAUGGCCAGAAUGGGGAGAAUGGAGUUUAGUGCCACCGCGUGCGGUUCCCAGGCGGGGACGAAAGCAGACGAAAGCGGAUGAAAUAGACGGGAGUCAGGAAUGUCGAAUGUCGAAUGUCGAAUGUAGAAAGGAAGUAAUAUAUUUAUAGAUUGACACAAUCCGAUCCAUCUGUCAGGACUCCGCAGUAUCAUGGAUGAGAACGGUUGUCGUGAGAACGUUGUCCGGGCACGGGACCUCGGGAAACCCAACCACCACCAAACUAAACAUCACCGCUUGCAGUCAAGCCUACUUUCAUCCUAGUCCGUCUUUCGUCCAGCCGUUCUCUCGUCGCUUUCUUUCUCUCCCUUCUCUUUUUCUCUUCUCUCUCUCUCUCUCCUCGACUGGCUCUUCUAUCUCUCUAUCCUUUCCUCCUCCUCCCUUCUCGCCGCGAUUUCAUUCUUGCCAUCGCGAAGAAUUUAAGAUCGUCGAGAUCGACAUCCAUCCACCUAAUUCAGUCCCCCGAUUGACCUCUCACUUACUCUGUACGUCGUCACAUACUGUCAGUGCCACUGUCCCCGUCCCUCUGCCCGUCCCUCCAUCGCCGAUCGGGUACGUCCUCAGAUCAGAUUCAGAACGGUUCAAACUGACUCGCCCGAUCCAGCAGUGCCCCGAGGCCCCAUCGCCCAAAUCUGGGUCGCCCUCUGUGGAACCGUGGUUCGAUACCUUCAGAUUCAAACUCGAAAGUGCACUUCCCCUGCUGUUUCAGAUAAUCCAGGGUCUGGGUCCCGUCGCUUCAGAUUGAUUGAUUAAUCACCUUCCCGCUUUGCUUUCUUUUUUUUUUCUAUACAUAUUCGUUUAUACCCCCAUCUCUCGUUGAGUCGAUUUAUUUUUUUCGUCUCUUC